UUUUCAACAAUAUUGACGAUGCGUUUUAUUUUAUUGUGAAAACCAGCCCUCAAACCGGAAGCGCUUCCGUUCUUGUAAUUAACCAACAAAAGGCUAUAAAAUUUAUUUACAAAUUUUAACCCACAAAGCGGAAGGUAUCCCAUCAAAACAUAUACCCCGAAUAAGGACACCUAAAGGCAACUUAAUCCUCUCCAGCUCCGUUCGUUGGUUUGUUAUUAAGCCGUAAUGGCCGCCAACCCUCCCGGACAGGGCUUCCAGAACAAAACCCGAGUGGCCAUCCUGGCGGAACUGGACAAGGAGAAGCGGCGGCUGAUGCAGGGCCAGUCCAUGAACAGCCCCGGAGCCAACAUCCCGCUCUCGGGCCGGGGCAGCCUGAAGGAGGCGAGGGACAGCGCGGAGCAGCAGCACAUCGCCGCCCAGCAGAAGGCCGCCCUGCAGCACGCUCACGUCCACUCCUCCGGCUUCUUCAUCACCCAGGACUCCUCGUUCGGGAACCUCAUCCUCCCGGUGCUUCCCCGCCUGGAGCCCGACCUCUGACUGAGCAGUACGGCUGAUCCUGGUGCUCCGACUUGAACUCACUAAAAAGCGGAGCUUGUUGGCUGUGAACUGAAGAGUGGCACCAUGGUGUUUUCUUGGUCACUUUUUUUUUUUUUAAAUUAUGAGAUAGAAACGUAAGAAAGUUAUUUCUGGUUCAAAAUGUCGUUCAUAAGCUUAAAGUAUGAAACCUUCAGCUAAAGAGUUACAUAUCUAUGUCAUGUUUACUUUCUGUUUUCAUUGCAAGUAGAAGACUAGCAGUACAUUUUGUGAGUAAGCUACUGGACCACAGCUUGCUGUCAGAACAGUGUUUACAGUUUACGGCCAGAGUUAUGGCUCUCUGCCAGGGUGCCCUUCAGUCAGAGGGCGUACGAACACUUGAAGGAGAAAAAGUGGUCCAACAGAUGAAUCUCUAAAGACUAUUGUUUUUUUUGUCCGUUCUAGUUCAUGUAGAUUAGAUGCCCUCCACCUGCCUUAUGUUGUGCAGUGUAUGCACUAUAAGGAAAAAAAUGGCUA